AUUCUGCAAAAAAAUCUCAGUUUGACUUUAUAAACAAUCAUUUUGAUCAAUUAAACAUAUCUAAAAUGUCUAAACACUUUGCAGAAAAUCUAUUAAAUCAAAAGUGUUUAGAUGGUGAAUUUAUUGUUAGACAUAGCAAUUCUCAAAAAAACUGUAUGGUUCUAUCGGUUAUGUUUGAACGCAAGACGUACCAUUUUACUAUAACUAUUAUAGUUACCCAACAACGCCCACAAACGCCUCCCGGAAUCUCAGGCAAUUCGAAAUGCAACAAAGUUCCCACGGGAACCUCGUCAGAUAGUAAGAACCGUAAAUACUGUAUCGGGAAUUAUACAUUCGACGAUUUGACCGAAAUAGUAAACUAUUACACGCGUCACCCUCUUUACCGCAUCGAACUGAGACACGCCAAAAAUACUCCCAACUUCAAACACAUUUACCUCAUUAAACCAUAUGCAUAAUUUUUUUUUGACUUAAAUAUUAUUUAGUUUAAUAAGCGCAUUUAUUUGAAUUAUUUUUUAUGAUGACCAAAAAAAAAAACUAACAGAAGAUGCUUGGACGAUUUAUGCUAUCUAUU